GCAACAUUACAAUUACACAUACCCAAUAAAAAACCAGCCAUAUAUCCUUAUUCUCAGCAGCUACAUGACCGUCUUUGCAAUAGCAGAGGUCAUCAACGAUACAAUAGCUUUGGGCAAAAGACCUGACUGGAGCGGUGUCGCAUUAGCAAAGCGUUUAUCAAAUCGAACAUUUAACGACGACUUUGGCCACAGCAUGUAUUUAGACAGCGAAGGGCAGAGGCGCAGUGACUUCGUGGUAUCUUUUUUCAACGCUAACGGGAGUCGCGAGGUCAGUACGGUUCAACCGCCGUUCUGCAAUGGCAAUUUUGUCGGAAAACACUUGCUCCUGCUUUUGUAUGUGCACAGCCGUUGUUGUACAAAUUCGGCCAAACAGGAGUUUUAACAGAGAUGACACGAUUGCUAAUGUGGGUCAACAGUUCAUUUCCUCCUCCCAACGAGCCGUAUUGCGGAUAUUUAAAUCAAAAGCCACGUUGUCAUGUAACAGGUGACAACCGUUCCUCUUACUUGCUAACAACAAUUUCCACAAGUCUCUGUCUGGCUGUCGGCAUAAUGAUAGUAGGAGGAAUUGCAUACAGAAAACUCAAAGCUAAUUACCAACUGCUACACGAUCCAUGGUGGCAAAUCCAACUGCAAGAACCAACUAAUCGACUAGUAGCGUCCUGCCGAUCUCUGCUGUCGAGAAUCUAUGCCGACCAAAUCUCCCAACACUCCAGAGAACUCCCUGCGGCUUUUAGCUGGACACGAAGCUUCUGCAGCGCCGUAAUUUUCGAUACAUACAAAACCAAACCAGUUAUGGGAUGGAAAUUAUGCAAUCGGAACCAGCCAAUUGUUUUUCCCGACAUUUCGGGUAAUAACGAACUGUUGGUAUUGCUUCAAAAGUUAAACAGAAUGGAGCAUAUCAAUAUUUGCCAGUUUGCUGGACUUGCCAUAACAAAAUCUUCAAAAGGGAUUUACUGGAUCUCGGCAGUAAUGGAGUGCCCAUCACGAGGCAGUACGGUAUAUCCACACUUCCUCGUUGCUGUUCCAUGGACGAAUCAGCGUCUUGACUUGCUGGGUGGAUAA